AUGGACAUGGGACGGGCUGCACGUUUGAACAUUACAGAUCCAGAUGAAAAUUAUGUCACCAUUUUGCUCAUUGGUAAAACUGGAACCGGCAAGAGCUCUGCAGCAAACAUCAGCAUAGAACCAAGUCGUUUUCAAUUUGGAGAAAAUCCAUUGAUAUGUGAAAAGAAAAUACGUCUCCUGCGUGAUUGUCGUGCAUUGGCAGUAAUUGAUACUCCAGGUCUGUUUCACACCACAAUGUCAGCCGAGGAGAUGAAGAGAGAGAUGGCUAGAUGUGUCUCUAUGUGUGCCCCUGGUCCUCAUGUGUUCCUGAUUGUUAUAGAGCCAAAACGUUUCUCAAGAGAGGAACAAGACAUGGUGGAAAUCAUCAAGAAGAUGUUUGGAGACGAAGCAGCCAGAUAUACCAUGGUCUUGAUCACUCAUGGAGAUGAAAUGGAGGCAGAUGGAGUCUCAGCAGAAAAACUUUUGUAUUUCAACCCAUCGUUUAAUAAGUUUGUCAGCAAAUGUCUGGGAGGUUAUCAUGUUUUUAACAACAAUGAAUGCAAUUCUGAAAAUAAGAAGAAACAAGUCAAUGAGCUGGUGGAGGAAAUUGACAGGAUGGUUCAGAAAAAUGGAGGUUUGUGCUACACAAAUGAUAUGUUCAGAGUGGCCGAGAGAGCCAUUGAUCAGGAGAUGUUUCAAAUAAACGGCCAAGGUGAGCCUAUAGGUAGUAGAGAUGCAGCAGAGAGAAACAACUCAUUUGUUCGAGCUGUUGAGCAAACUGAAGCUGUUGGAGUGGCAGAUGUAGUGAAAGGAGUCAGAGCAGUAAGAGAGGCUUGGUGCAAAUCUCAGUGAUAAUCAUUUGAUUGAAAACAGCAGCAAAUGACCAA